CUUGCCAUACGGCGUUGCCUUACAAAAACCUGACAAGAGAAGCAGAGAGAGAGAGCUUUCAGACCAUAUCUUGUUUUACCAUUCUACCCUCAUAACUGAUAACUGCAAACACAGUUUUUUUUUGUUUUCUUCCUUCUUUGUUUUACAUUUGUAUAGUAACAGAAAAAAAAAUCUCCGGCGAAGAGAUAAAUGAUCGACACUGGAAGAUACCUAAUCGGCGCCGCCGGUGUUAGCGGCUUCGGGUCUAAAUCCACCGCCGACGAGGUGACCGAGAACUGCGACCUUCGUUCUGUAACAGCCAUAGUCACCGGUGCGACGUCGGGGAUCGGAGCGGAGACGGCGAGAGUGCUGGCGAAACGAGGAGCGAGGUUGAUAUUUCCGGCGAGGAACGUGAAAGCGGCGGAGGAAGCGAAAGAGAGGAUCGUCUCUGAGUUUCCGGAGACGGAGAUCGUAGUCAUGGAGCUUGAUCUCAGCUCUAUGUCUUCAGUGCGGAGCUUCGUCGCCGGUUUCGAAUCUCUCAAUCUACCUCUCAACCUUCUUAUAAACAACGCAGGCAGAUUAGCACAUGAACAUGCAAUAUCAGAAGACGGGAUCGAGAUGACAUUUGCCACUAAUUAUCUUGGCCAUUUUCUCUUGACCAAUUUGUUACUGAAGAAGAUGAUCCAAACGGCAGAAGAAACAGGAGUUCAAGGAAGGAUCGUUAAUGUCACGUCCGGUAUUCACGGCUGGUUCUCCGGCGACUUGAUCGAGUACCUCCAGCUGAUUUCCCAACCUAAGUGUCAAUUCGAUGCGACACGUGCGUAUGCUCUCUCGAAGCUUGCCAACGUUUUGCAUACCAAGGAGCUCUCUUCUAGACUCCAGAAAAUUGGAGCGAACGUGACGGUUAACUGCGUACACCCAGGGGUUGUAAAAACCCGAUUAACAAGAGACCGGGAAGGCUUAUUGACAGAUCUCGUCUUCUUCAUGACAUCCAAGCUUCUUAAGACCGUUCCUCAAGCAGCAGCAACGACGUGUUAUGUGGCAACGAAUCCAAGGUUGGUGAACGUAUCGGGAAAGUACUUUACGGACUGCAAUGAAACGACACCGUCUGGACUCGGAUCUAACUCCUCCGAAGCUACCAAGUUAUGGGCGGCUUCUGAGGUUCUGGUAACUCAACAUUCGAAGGCCACUUUCAACCCAUUUAGCUAAAGAAAAACUGAAGUUAUUAUCUAACUUUAUAUUCCCGUAGGAAAAAAGAUACAAUCUAAUUAGCCAAGGAAAAUAUUAUGAAGUUUAGGUAAUCCUCCGACCUUAUAUACUGGUAUCAAGAAUCUCUUAACCAUAUAUAGAUAAUAUAUAUAUAUACUAGUUUUUUAGUAUAUAGUACUAAUGCGAAACUGAUGUAUUAAUG